CACAACCUGUGAUUGAGAAUGGGCAGGUGGAGUGUCCCCAAGGAUACAAGAGACUCAACCGGAGCCACUGCCAAGACAUCAAUGAAUGCUUGAUGCCAGGCCUGUGCAAAGACGCUGAGUGUCUGAACACCCGCGGCAGCUUCCGCUGCACCUGCAAGCCUGGCACCAUGCUGGACCCAUCCCGUAGCCAUUGCAUCUCGGACAAAGCAGUGUCGAUGGAGCAGGGGCUGUGUUACCGCUCAGCAGCCGGAGGCGUGUGCUCCUUCCCCCUCUCCCACCACAUCACCCAGCAGAUCUGCUGCUGCAGUCGUGUCGGGAAGGGCUGGGGGAAGAACUGCGAGGAGUGCCCUGUGCCCGGCUCAGAAGCCUUCAAGGAGAUUUGCCCAGCAGGACAUGGCUACACCUACUCCAGUUCUGACAUCCGUCUGUCGAUGAGGAAGGCAGAGGCAGAAGAGUUGCCCUUCAGUUUGGAAGAACAAGGGGAGAGCAGCAACUGGACGUUGGACUGGGCAGCAAGGAGACAGCAACUGCAUGACAGCCUGCGUGGGAGCAUCCUAGAGGCAUUCCCCCACCCUGGCACCUUGGCAGUAGAGGGUGAAAUUUCUUCUGUUGCGCAGGGUGCUGCUGAUGCCAUCGCAGAGCCCACCAUGCGCAGAGAGAAAGAGGAGUCCUGGCGAGGUCCUCCCCAGCCUGGCCCCACCACCACCUGGGAUGCUGCUGCUCCAACACAGAUGCCAGCUCAGGGCUCGGGGGUCAGCGGUUGUGCCUCUUCACCCCUCUCCUGUGGAGCCGGUGCUUGCGUGCUCAUCCCAGAGGGAUACAGCUGCUUGUGCCACCCUGGCUACACACUGGACCCCAGCCGCCUCCACUGCAUCGAUGAAGAUGAGUGCCUGAAAGAUCCUUGCGCUGGAGGAGGUCGCUGCAUCAACAGUGUGGGCUCCUAUUUGUGCCUCUGCUACUCUGGGUACAGCCUGGCUGUCUUGGAGGGCAAGCAGAUCUGUCAGGAUCGAGAUGAAUGUGAACAGCCCUCUACCUGCCGGGGACAGCGAUGCAUCAACACUCCCGGCUCCUACCGCUGCGAGUGCAAGGAGGGCUUUGCCAUGGGCCCCAGAGGACAGUGUGAAGAUAUCAACGAGUGCGUGGAUCCCAGCCCUUGCCCCCAUGGGAAGUGUGUCAAUACUCUGGGCUCCUACAAGUGUGUCAGCUGUGGGGAUGGCUACCGGCCCAGGAACGGGAGAUGUGUUGAUGUGGACGAGUGUCUUGCGGAGGGGACCUGUGCUCAUGGACGGUGUGUCAACCUAGACGGCUCCUUCCGCUGUUCCUGCUACCGGGGCUAUGAGGUGGCACCUGACGGGAAGAGCUGCCAAGACAUCGAUGAGUGCGCUGCCCGGGCUGCCUGUCCCUCUGGACUCUGCCUCAACACCGAGGGCUCUUACUCCUGCAUGGCUUGUGAUGCCGGCUACGCCGUGUCCAGAGAUGGCCGCACAUGUGAAGAUGUGGAUGAAUGUGAGGACCCUGCUGUUCAGUGCCUGGGGGGGGAAUGCAGGAACACCCCGGGCUCCUACGAGUGCCGCUGCCAGGCUGGCUUCGAGCUCAUCAAUGGCACCGUGUGCCAAGAUGUGAACGAGUGCCUGAACAGCGAGAUCUGCAGCCCCAACGGCGAGUGCCUCAAUGGUCAUGGAUCCUACUUCUGCAUUUGUGCUCCUGGCUUCUCGAAUGCAGCUGGUGGAGUCAGCUGCCAAGAUGUGGACGAAUGCACAGACAAGUCCCGGUGCUCACAAGGCCAGUGCCUGAACACAGAAGGCUCCUACAGGUGUCUGUGUGAAAAUGGGUUCAAACACUCCCAGGAGACUGAUGACUGCGUGGACGUGGAUGAGUGUGAAGAGUACGGGGAUGCCAUCUGCGGCACAUGGCGGUGCCAGAACAGCCUGGGCUCCUACCGUUGUAUCAUGGGCUGCCAGCCCGGCUUCCACUGGACCCCCUUGGGUGACUGCAUCGACAUAGAUGAGUGCGCCAACGAGACGCUGUGUGGGAGCCAUGGCUUCUGCGAGAACUCAGACGGCUCCUUCCGCUGCCUCUGUGACCGUGGCUAUGAGAGCUCGCCCUCUGGCCACUACUGCAUUGAUGUGAAUGAGUGUGAGAUGAUGGUCGCUGUGUGCGGGACUGCGCUCUGCGAGAAUGUGGAGGGAUCCUUCCUCUGCCUCUGUCCCAGCGACCAUGAGGAGUAUGACACAGAGACCGGGCAGUGCCAGCCCCGAGCCACCAUGGAGGGCUCCGAGACACAGGCAGCCCACCUCUCUGACAGCGCAGAGCGCAAGCAGUGCUACUACCACAUCAGCGAUGUUCGCCUGUGUGACAGCGUCCUGGCCAAGAACAUCACCAAGGAGGAGUGCUGCUGUACUGUGGGGGCAGCCUGGGGUGACAACUGUGAGACUUACCCCUGCCCCAUCCUGGGCACAGUGGAGUACCAAGAGAUCUGCCCUCUUGGGAAGGGCUAUGUUCCCCAGGAAGAUCUGCUCACAGGAAAAGUCUCUUUCACAGACAUGGACGAGUGUGAGACGUUUGGCUCUGAGUUCUGCCGUAAUGGACAGUGUUUGAACACAGUGCCGGGCUACAAGUGCUUCUGCCGUACAGGCUACUUCUAUGACUCCAGCCGGCUCGAGUGUGUUGACCAGGACGAGUGUCAGAACGAAGUGUACUGCAUCAACGGCGAGUGUCUGAACACGGAUGGCUCCUACCACUGCUUCUGCAGCCUCCCUCUCGUGCUGGAUGCCACUGGCAACCGGUGUGUGAACCUCUCCAUCAGGGCAGAUGCCUUGGAGGAGUAUGAAAUCCACCUGGAUGUCUGCUGGCAGACUGUUGCCGACUACAUCUGCCAAGACCUUCUGCACGGCGAGCAGACCACGUACACCGAGUGCUGCUGCCGGCUCGGUGAAGCCUGGGGCCAGAACUGCGCACUCUGUCCACACAGGUCCUCCGCUGAUUUUGCUUUCCUGUGUAACGGGGCCAGUGAAGACAGUGAGAGAGGCUCUGAGCUCCGAGAAAGACAUAGGUAUGAGUAUGGACUGGGUUUGGAAGACCCCCACUAUGGCCUUCCCAGCCCAGAUAUGGGCCCCUACUACAACUACCUGGAGUCUGAGUACGGAAACCCCGAUGCUGGUUUCCUUCGGAGGGAACCCAACAGCGAGUUUCGCGGCAGCCCUCUCCACCAUGGCCCAGGGCGGUCCCCACCCCGCUACCUGCCCAGCCAAACUGGCCUCUACGAGGGCUUUGAGGGGCUGCAGGCUGAAGAGUGCGGGA